CUGCCUCGGACAUGGUUACUCCUCUAGCUAAUAUGCCUUAUGAAGAACAACUUGAAUUUAAAUUUAAUUUGUCACAUGACAUAAUGCUUUAUAUAAUCAGGAAAUUAAAUUAUGCUAAUGUUUAUGAUACUUUUUGUUAUAAUGUUUUACAAAAGGUUUUGUCAGCACCAUCAAUUACUGCUUAUAGAAAUAAAUGUGAAUUUACUAUAGGAUAUUCUAAAUCAAAAGAUCAAUUUAGAAAAGAGAAGAAAUUAAGGGAAGAAGCUUUAGAAAAAUUAAAUGAAGAAGGAGAAGAAAAUAAAGAAAAAGAAGUUGCUUUUUCUAAAUCAAUUAUUGCCGGAUUUAUUAAUGGAAAAAUGAAUAAUAGUUAUCGUGUUUUGCCUAUUGAAGGAUGUAAAAAUUUGAGUUUAAAUACAAUUAAUGUUGUUAAAUAUUUCGAGGAAUUUGUUAAUGAAUUUGGUUUGUUCUCUUAUUUUUUUAUUUUUCAAAGUAAGGCCUGUGACCAUGAUUUUUUAGGGGGAGGGACUUUGGUUUUCUCACCUAAUUCCUCCACCUGGUUACGGGUCUGGUCUAAAAUCUUGCUUUGA